CACCACCACCACCACCAGGGUUGACGAGGAGGAGCGUGGGGGCGGGAUGGAGGAGGAGGAGGUGUGCCACAGGUCGUGACACUACUGAGCUCACACAGGUGGGAUGGGUCGGUGGGAGUCACGCCCCCACGAACGGUCUGCACACUCCCACUGCCAAAACACUCAGAAGACAGACGCACAGACACACGCACACACACAUACACACUCACACACACAUACACACCUCCUUACAAACAUGAUCACACACAGGCGCACACACAAACAUAUUCAGUCAUACAAAAAGAGCAGCCUCAAAUACACUCAGCAACCAGACCUGACUUGGAAGUGAUGUGUCAAUAACUAGUUAGGCUCUCUCUCUCUCUCUCUCUCUCCUCUCCUCUCUCUCUCUUAUCGGAAUAAGAAGAAGAAGAAGAAGAAGAAGAAGAAAAAGGAGGAGAAGUGGCAGAAAAACAUCGGCCUCCGAAACAAACGGAAAACAUUACUGGAGAAACACAGUGACCAGGAGGAACGAAGGAACGUUUUUGGUGCUAUUCGCAGAAAGAUUCCUAGGACCGCUGUUUCGUCGUCGUCGCCCCUUCAGUUGAUUCCCGAAGGCAGCAUCGCCUGUGCAUGGAAGGGCGUCAGCAGAUAAGAGCAGAGCAGAGCGCCGAUAAGCACUCGGUGCAGAGGAAGCGAUAUCGCCUUCGAGUGAUGCAAUAGAGGAAGGAACACUUCCCCCAGUGAGUCUAACGUACUUAGUCUUACGAACAGAAGACUUCCACUUGAACGGAGCCAAUAGGCCGAAAUGACAGAAAAGGAUCGUGAAUGAGUGAGUGAGUGAGUGAGUGAGUGAGUGAGAGUGUGUGUGUGUGUGUGUGACUGCCUGCUUGCUGCCUGUGUUCGCAGCAGCAGCAGCAGACAUUGUAAAGCACUUUGCCCCAGCGAAGCCUCUUGGGUUCCUCAUUAUCUGCACAACCACGUGGCCCCCAGUGAUGCCCUUGUGAUGAGGUUGCUCCACCUCCUCCUCCUCCGCCUCCUCCCCCUCCUCCUCCUCCUCCUGCCGCUGAAGAUGAUCCAACACAGAUGAGGUGUUGUGCCAAUGCGAGGGACGUGUCAGACAUCAGGAGGCACAUGAAUAAGAAGAGGAAGAAGAAAAAGAGGUUCAUCAAACGCUUUUGUGUCUGCGGGUGUCUGUGUCUGCGGCGGUGCUUUAUGCUUAGGGAUCGUUCGUCUUCCCACACUUGCCCCAAAGAAACAGUUCUUUCAAUGCGUCUAGCGAUGUUAUGUUCUUGUUUUCCGUUUUUCGUUUCGCUAAGUUGUUCCUCCCCGAAGAAACAGUUCUUUCAAUGCGUCUAGCGAUGUUAUGUUCCUGUUUUCCGUUUUGCUAAGUUGUUCCUUCGGAAAAGCUGGACGAGAAAAAAGGUCCUUCAGUGAUCGCACGAUCGUUGUGUCAAUAAUCAAGCAGUGACUUGUGCCGAAAGCAGCGUCGUUGUCAAACAGCUCUCCACAGCAUCUCUGUCUCUCGCUCUCGACCGAGGGACUUGGGAGAGAAACAGAGAGAGCGGGAGAUAGCGAGAGGGAAGGAGAAAGGGAGAGAGGGAAAGGAGAGGAAGUGAAAGGGACUAAAAAAAAUCAAGAGGCGAAGAGAGUCCAGACCCCCGCCAGACAGGGACAGACAGACACAGGCCCACCUGAGUUCUCGAGCAAAGAAGGCCGAGGUUCUUCCAGACAUCGAGGAGAAGGCGACUGCUUUGGAAGAGGCCGCCGAUAACUCGAGGGUCCCGAUAGAUCGCCUUCCAGGAGGCCAUUCGCUCGUAGCUCGGCCUUCCAAGAGACACCCUUCAGUUCCUGGAGCGGCACCAAUUGGACUUUUGUGUGUGUGUGUGUGUGUGUGUGCCGGGGAUUCGUACAUACACACAUACACACAAGCACGCACACACACACUCUCUCUCUCUCUCUCUCUCUCUCUACCACGUCGGGGGCUCCAAGAGUAGAUUCUGGGAAGAAGAUUUAUAUGCGUUCUCGUCCAACUGCGUAUCACUCGCAACCAACAAGAAGAAGAGGAAGAAGAUGAGGCGGUUGUGAGCCUAAGAGAACGAACGUCGGAGGACUGAAAGAGAAUAGGAAAAAGCGCCUCUGACACUCAUUACUCUGCCGAGGAGGAACGUCACAGAUGUUACUUACGGUGCAUGCGGUACCUCUGGGUGAUGUAGUGUUCGCUGUGCAUAAGUUUCCUCACGGUACGUUCGUUACGUGAAGUGAACGACGACGGUUUGACCUCGGAGUUGCGGACGAGUGAGUGACGACGCCGCCGAGUGCUUGUGACAUUCCGCUAGUCAGAAACAACGGCAGUCCGUCGCCCGUCGGAGGAUGUCGGCGAGAUAAGUGACUGCCCUCCAAAGAUUCUCUCCGCCAGACAGCAGGUCUUGAAAACGUGUGCGACCCUCUCGUGGAAAUAUAACUCCAGCAGAUGAGCUUGUGGAAACUGACGACACGCAAAACUAAGAAAGUCAGCAGUGGCGCUGACGAGGAAGUCAGACUAGAGGAAGACCACCGAGUCAGCGCCUUCGCCGACGAAGGCGGCAACUGGGUCGAACCUCUCCCUGACGUCAUAGCCAACUUACACUUGACCGAUCCUUCAGAUCUGCGCGCCCACGCCGAAAUGCUGGGCGUUCGCGACUACCAUUACCCUGAGGUGGGCGAAGGUCGGGUCAGACGCAGGGAUGCCCGCCCCCCACCGCCACCCGUCAGUCCCCAGGGACUCGGCGCCGCUCCUCAGGGACUCGGCGCUGCGCCCGGUCCUGCUACUGUCGGCGGCGGAGGAGGAAAUGCCGGUGGGAGUGGAAUUGGUGCCGGGGGAGGAUGCUGGCGGCAUUCUCAACAGUACCAAUGGACAUCUCAGCCUCAAGCAGAUGCCCAAGGCCUCUCGCCGAUGUCCUCCGGUAUGGGGCUGGGUCCCACGUGCGCUGUGCCGGCAGAGGCAGAUGGGGCGCGUCUACGGAGUGUCUCCAGCGAACCCAGGGGCCCGGCUGGUAAUGGUGGGGACCGCAGAGUUCGCUGUUCUUCGGCCUCCAGGUCUCGCCAGCACAGGCCUUGCCCUCCUCCCGGUGAACGGCCGUCGGGCAUGGCCAAUAUUCCUCCGCCAAAUUCUCCGCCACCUCCUCAAGUCAGCGGCAGUUCCCACGCUGGAAGCCAUCAACCGUAUUCGUCCCCUUCGUGUGUUUCCCCGCCGUCGGCUGGUGGCGCAGGCGUCGCUGGAGGGGCGUUCGCGCGUCUCGCAGGUUGCUAUGAGAACUUGGACCCUGGCCGCGAUUCGGGGGAAAGUGGCGGUGGUGGUGCUUACGGAUAUCAAGUGAGUGACCUCGAAGCAUUAUUGACCAGGGCCUCCCCGUCCCAUCCUGCGAACCUACCCAUGGUGCUAGCUUCCUCUACCAGACUGCACAACAUGCGUCGUACCCCGGAGCCCAGUACUCACAACCAGACUCCCGUCAGACCAUUCUUGCCCUUAGGAAUUAUCGUAAAUGCCGUUUUUAAGACGAGGGAUUGGUUAUACGUGCGCACAGCCCACGGUGCAGAAGGAUAUGUGCCUUAUCGCGUAUGCUUGCCCUUGGGUAUCCUACCACCUCCGAGGGAGGGCCAUCCGGUGCCCCCUGGAGCACCAGAAAUGAGCGGUGAUGGGGUCUGGGAAAGUCGUGCGGACAACUUUGCUGGGGCGGGAGCCGGUCCGCUCCCGAUCGCCCAGGUAGCGCAGGGUGCCAUGAUGAGCGGGGUGAGUACGGAAGCCGCCUCCCAAACUCGCGGGAGAUCCCGAGGUCGGCGGCGACACCCUUGCUCAGACAACUGCAACCAAACAGACACACAGAAACUGCAACCGAGGGGAAGGAGUGUCUCAGAGUCGAGGCCUCCGAGAGAAACUGUGGAUGCGCCUGGCUCUGGACCACCUGGAUCUCCCGACCAUGUGCUCGUGUAGUGGGCUCUUACAAGGGACGCGACUGUUCCUAAUGUAACCUCCGUUGUGUUUAGUGAAUCUUCUGAGUCAUUGUAAGCAAAGAAGAAAAGGUUGCAAUCACACUUUACGUCAGAUCUGACCUUAAAAAUUCUUCUUACUUCACAUCUUGGCGAAAGUAUUCAGUGCUAGUUAUUUGCCUUCUACCUGUCAUGACUGAGUGAAAUGUCGUUGUUGAAAAUGUCAUCUGUGUUUAGAAUUUCUAUAGAUUUAGAAUCAAAGCCUCAUUUGCUUAGUAUGAAUGCCCCUCUCUAUUUCGAAAACCAACCGUCCAGCCCAUUACUAUUUCUAAUACUUGCUUUGUAAUCUGAUACCCUCGACACCAGGCCGCUUGUCUGUGAAGGGUUUAUUUUGAGUUAGUCAUAUUUUCACCAUGAAACAUGCAGUCAAAAUACGUUAAACUUAUAGAGAAGACAAUCUGUUUUCCCCAUUACAUGCUCAUGGGUGUUUGACACGAACAAACAGGCGAUGAAAGCAAGCAAAACUUCAUUUCAGUGAGAUAGCUAGAAUUUGGUGAUAUAAUCAGUGAGUUCCUGUUAGAGCCGUUUAAAAAUGUUAACAUAUACGUAAAAACAUGUGAUAUAAGUUAAUACUAGAUACUUCCAAUGGAAAACUGCUGUGGGAUAACAACAUAUCAAAUCGUAGAUGGGCUGUCGCCUAAAUAAUUAGGAGAAAUACUACAAAAAAUACAUUUCUCUUCACACUGAAAAUAUAAUACAAAAUUUAUUAUUAUUAUUAUUAUUAUUAUUAUUAUUAUUAUUAUUAUUAUUAUUAUCACAAUACGCAAAUGUAACUGUUGACAUUUGUCUAAAUUAAAUCAUUCCAAUUUGUCGGCAAAUAUGACCCCUGUAUGCUCUUAGUGAACUGAAAAAAAUAAGUAAAAAAUGAGCGGAAGAAACUGAAACUCUCACCCGCGGCCCAUGAAGCUUUCAGCCAUCGCCCGGUGGUGGCCUAUGUUACUGGCAUCUAUAGCAGUGCCAGAUGCACGAUCACGGCUAACUUUAACCUUAAACAAAAUAAAAACCACUGAGGUUAGAGGGCUGCAAUUCGGUAUGUUUGAUGAUUGUAGGGUGGAUGAUCAACAUAACAAUUUGCAGCCCUCUAGCCUCAGUAGUUUUGAAGAUCUGAAGACGGACAGAAAAAGUGCGGACGGACAGACAAAUAGAGAUCUCAAUAGUUUUCUUUGACAGAAAACUAAAAGGGGGUUCUUUUUCUUUACUUAUGACAAGCUGAAUCACUUCUGAUCCUUAGCCUUUCUUGCAAAAAUUAGGAAUCAAGGAACCUGGAAAUAGAGGAGGUGAAAAUUUCCUGUAUUCUCUUCUCUGGGUCAGAGAGUAAAUUGGUGUACUGUUGAAAGGAUGGCUGGAUAAUGGUCACAAGUCUUCAUCGUGAGGAUUUCGUUGGCAAUAGCCAGCACUUGAUCGAAAGGACUGGAUUCAUAGCUUAAACUAGACCACCAGGUACAUUGCAAUUUAAAGAACUCACAGGUAUGAUUUUUUUUUAUAGAAAUCUUCAUUUUGGCCGUCCAGCUCAGGAAACUAAUUUUUUAAAAAUCUUUAUUUCGGUCGUCCAAAUCAGAAAAUAAAUUAUUAUUUUAAAUCUUUAUAGAACUUUUUGACCACUGCACAAAACCUAAGAGUCAUUACGUUCAUGAUGGAAGACAAGAUUUUUAAGUCUGGAUCGAGAAUUCUGUAAGAUACUUUCGAUCUUCUGAAAUUAAUAGUGGAUUCUAUUUUUUUCCUCUCGCCAGAAUAGAAAACAAAAUAUCUCGCUGCGACUGCGCUUAAUCCACAUAACAUUCAAAUGAACGAAACUUGAUGUUUUCCUUAGCGAAUUCAAAGGCUAACACGGAACCUUGCUCUGUCUCGCUGUCUGUCAAAAGUAAAGUAUUUAACUGGACAUACACUAAUUAAUUGUUGGAAUAAAGGGGGUUAAAGGAAAAAUAUUUCAAUAACUAAAUUCAGAACGUGUUCUAAAUCUAGAAGACUAUCCAAGAAAGGAACAUUUUCUCGGGAUGCAAAAACCAGUAAUGUCUCGGUAUCUGCAAACGUCGGAAAUUCACUUCAUUGACAAUGUCGAAUGAGGAGUAAUAUUUGCCUUAUUUCCUAAAUAUUCUCUCUCUCUCUCUCUCUCUCUCUCUCUCUCUAGAUAACAAUAGCAAGUAAACGCGUUUUAAUAAAGAUUAAAAUUUUCGUUUGACAAAUGCUGUCACACGUUAUCCUUCUGAUAACGUCACAGAUUCCUCGAUUCGUUCGAAAGCCUUUCAGCAAAUACGU